CCCCGCCUCUCUCUCAUCACUCCGAGCGCUCGCUCCCGCUGCGGAUGCAACAUCCCUCUGCCUCGUCCUGUCUCUCUCUCUGUCUCUGUAACGGAAGAUUAACUACAAACACACCGCCAUGGGAGGAUUUACCGCGUAGCAGCCGCUGCUCCAUCUUUAUCUACAUCUACAGCGUCGUGUUUUUGGGUUUGUUUCCAGUGAAAAUGGCGACGGGAGCUGCAGGCUGGCAGCCUCCGUACAACACCAACACCUCCACGAGCUCCACCAAAUACACCCCCUCUCCGUCCUCCAGCAUGUUCUACGACGGGAGUCUGACGCUGGAGUACACACAAGACCUGCAUCUGAAGAUGAGCAAGAAGAUAGCACAACUCACCAAGGUGAUUUACGCCCUCAACACCAAGAACGACGAGCACGAGGAGGAAAUCGAGUCUCUGAAGGAUGCCCACGAGGACGAGGUGCAACACAUUGUGACCGAAACCAGAGACAAGAUCAUGCAGUACAAGAGCAAGAUGGUGGACGAGGCGGACCUGAGGCGGCGGCUGGCCAGUCUGGAAGAAUCCGUCGAGCUCCACGAACACAUGAAGAGACAGGCGUUAGCAGAGUUUGAGAUGUACAGACAGAGAAUGGAGGAUUCGCAGCUCUGCACCGAGGCCCAGCACACACAGAGAGUGGUUUCUAUGAGCAGAGAGGUGGAAGAGAUGCGUCGGGAUUUUGAGGAGAAGCUGCGGGCGUUCAGCCAGACUCAGGCCGUGUUUGAGGCGGAUAAGCGGCGAGCGCUGGAGGAGCUGAGGGCCACCCACCGCCAGGAGGUGGAGGAACUCCUCAACAACCAGCAGAACCAGAGCGCCACCUCGACGGAAGACCAGGAGAAACUUGCCGAGCUCCAUAGACAAGAGGUGGAGGCGUUGAUGGAGAGAGUGGAGGAGAUAACGAAGGAUAAGGUGCGUCUGCUGGAGGAGUACGAGGCCAAGCUGGGCAAGGCUCAGGAGUAUUAUGAGAGGGAGCUGGAGGCCAUGAGGAGAACACACCAGCUCACCACUGAGAACCUGCUGGCCUGGAAAAGGACCGAGGUUGAGCUUCGUAAGGAGUUCCAGGCGCAGGAAGCGGCGCUGCAACGCUCGCUGUCCAAGCUGAGGAGUGAGCUGCAGAAAGCACAGGAGGAGGCCAGAGAGAACCGAGACAGGACCAACAGACUGCAGACAUCGCUGGCCAACGCAGAGGGAACUAUCAAGAACCUGCACAAGCAGCUGGAAGAGGCCAUCCAGGACGGAGAGAUCUGGGUGAUGCAGCUGAAGGACACCGAGUAUGAACUAGAGGGCAGCAGGGAACGAGUUCAACAGCAAGCAACUGAAAUCCUCCAUAAAGCCAGUCAGAUCGGGUCCUUGCAGGCCACCCAGAUGUCCCACGAGGCGACCAUCAGGAACCUGGACCAAGAGCAGAGCCGGCUGAAGGAGAAGAUCAGCCGUCUGGAGGAGGAGAGGGAGGCUGUGCUCAACCAGAGCCAGGCCUCCAAUGAACAGCACAAACAACAAGUGCUGAAACUAGAACAGUCUCUGCGCGAGGAGCACCAGGGUUACGAGAAGGAGCUGUGCAGGCUGAGAGCGCACUACGAGGAGGAGAUGCAUCGCUUCAAGGAGGCGCAGGUCAGAGCGCUGGAGGAGCUGGAGGGGAAACACGAGGCCAUGAGGGAGGAGGCCCAGCAGGAGAAAGACGAGGAGACGCAAAUCCUCAUGGCGAAAAUGAGUCAGGAGUUUGAGAUCAAGCGUCUGUCGUUGGAGGAGCAGCGAGACCGCCUUCAGCAGCAACUUGACAACUUGAAAGAGGAGCUCUCGGCCAAGCUCAAUAUGGCCAAUCAGGAGGUGUCCCACCUCCAGGAGCUGGUGAGGGAGGGCGAGCAGAACAUGGGUUCAGCUCAGACACAGAUCAACUGUCUGAGGGAAACUCAGGAGAAACUCAAGAUAGAACUCGACGCUACUAGAGCCCGGGUCCGAGAGACCAGCAACCUGCUAACGGACCUACAGGAGGAGAUCGAGACCCAGAGACAGCAGCACGACGCCCGAGUGAUGUCUAUCAGAACAGAAGAGAAACAAAAGAUGGAUAAGAUGGCGGACGACUUGGACCAGAAAUGGAGAGAUGCACUGCGGGAGGAGGUGCGUCUGCUGAAGGAGGAGUUGACCGAGGAGUAUGAAGCAGACAAACAGUCGGCGCUGACCCAGAUCUCCCAGCAGAAAGAACUGGAGAUGAUGGCGGCGAGAGAGGGCUGGCAGAGGAAGGUGGAAGACCUGCUGGAGCAGAUCUCUCUAUUGAAACAGUCCCUGGAGCUGCAGUUGUCUCAGUCCCAGUCAGCUCUCCAGCAGCUGCAGUCUCAGUUCAACCAGGAGAGGGAGCUGCUGAGCCAACAGCUGAAAGAGCUGCAGAGGGAACAUCAGAGGAGAGAGCAUCGACUACAGGAGGCUCACUGCUGUGCCCUGAGCACCAUGGAGGAGGCCAGACAACACCAGAUAAGGGCCCUGGAGGAGCGUCUGAAGCAGGAGCAGAGGGAGGAGGUCCACGCACUGAAGGAGGCCCACAGGAGGACCUUUGACAUCCUGAGACAGCAGUCGGACCAGGAGCUGCAGACGCUGCGGUUUGAGCUGGAGGACGAGGGGAAAGCAAAGCUGGCGUCUCUUCGUGCUGAGCUGAACCACCUCCACGCUGCAUCCAUAGAGCAUCUAAAGCAGAUCCACCUUAAAGAAAACCAUUCCGCCAAACGAGAUCUAGAGAACGCCAUGGAGCACAGCCGCCAGCAGGAACAAGAGCUCCUAGUUCGUAUCUCAGACCUGCAGGUGGAGCUGUGUUCCCGUAGCAACCGCAUCACCGAUCUGGACCACGAGAUCCACUCUCUGAACGAGACCAUCGACACUCUGACCAGAGAGCUGGAGAUAAAGGGCAAAGAGGUGCUGCGGGUCCGCAGUGAAGCUAACCAUCAGAUAAGAUAUGUCUGUCUCUGCUGCAGGGCCCACGAACAAGACCUUUCAAAGAGACAUGAGAGGGAUCUGGGGGAGAUAAGUAUAGUCCAUCACAGAGAGACACAAAACAUGCUGGCUGACUUCAACAAGGCCCAGGAGGUCCUCAGAGACAAGAUCACUGCGCUACAAAUACUGUUGGAGGGGACAGAGGAGAAGUUAAGAAACAGAGAAAGCCGACCCGAAGACCUGCAUGUGAUAGCAGAGCUCAGAGAGAUGGUCACCGAGAGAGAAGCCCUGGUGAAGAAGCUGGUGGUGAGUGGACAGGACGACAAGAAGUUCUACCAGCUGGAGUUGGUCAACAGAGAGACGGGGUUCAGCAAGGUCUUCAAUUCCAGUGCCAAUGUCGGUGUAAUCAACCCUCUUAUCAAGCCUUCCUGAGGCCAACGCCACGACGCCAUCAGACCCGAGGGGGGUGGAGGCAGGAAAAAGCAAAGAAUCCGUUGUAAAAGAAGAGGAGCUGUACAGCCAGUACUUCUCUUUCUGACCGGCAAAAAAAACAAACAAUCCCCAUUCUGUCAAAAAAAACAUGAGGUAACGGGACAGAAAGCUAAAGUUGGACAGCAAUCUAACUGUAGGUUUUGAAAGUCAUUCGGGGCGACAUCAAUAUCAAACGUCCACUGCUAAUCAUCAAUCAUGUGCUGUGCUGAUAUUCCAGUGUGAUUGCAACCUUACGGCUUCCAUGCAUGGUGAGCAUGAUGAGUGGUGUGGCUUGUCACUGCAUCAUCAGGAAAGUGAGGCGAUAUAAACACUUUUAUACCAUCUGCAACUGUGCAAAACAUGACAUCUGUAUGAGCUCUAAAGUAGUGAGAGAUACAUAUAUCUUGCCAUUUUAAAAGACUUAUUUAUCCAUGAAUUUUAAUUUUGAUAAACUAAGAACCGAUACUCCAAAUGUAAAAUAAGCAUAGAGAGGAAAUGUUAACUUUCUGAUGGUCACAACUAAUCACAUUGUUGUCCACUGAUAAAAUGUAACUUUAUUCUGUUACUUCUAAAGUAAUCAAACCAAGAUGAGGGCUGUAUUAUACGACGGUGUAUUAAGGCAGUUGUAGGUAAUAAAAUAAAAUGAAAAACUACGGAGACAGAAUAUUUUGAGAAACAAAUCUGAAUUUUUCGAGAAAAAACUUGAAUAUUCUAUUUAAGUUGUAAAUUUACGAGAAAAAAACUCACAAAUUUACAAGAAAAACUUGAAUAUUCUCUGAGAUUAUAAACUUACAAAUUGAUGAGAAAUCAACCUCAUCACACCACAGACGCCGCCGUUAAACUCUGCGGUAACGUGAGCUGCGGAGUGCAAAAUAAAUUAAUAAUAUUAGUAUUUAUUUAUGUUCAUUAACACAUAAAGAACAUGACAGAAAAUGCGUAUAUGUCUCAGGACCUUUGCAAUGCUCAGAGACCCUCCUUACCAUAAGAAGUAUUACCACGGUUUUGCACAAUUUGGGUUUUUUUUCUGGCAAAUUUAAUAAUUUAGCAUCUCAGAGAAUUUAAAAGUUUUUUUCUCGUAAAUUUGUGAGUUUCUACUCGUAUAUUUACCACAUUAUUUUAAAGAAUAUCCAUAUAUUUUCUUGUAAAUGUACGACUUCAAUCUCAGAAUAUUACCCCCCUGCCCCAACUCCGUAAUGAUUAUUUUUUAUUAUCUACAAUGGUCCUAAUACGCCAUCGUAGUAUUAAUAGUCUUAACAAGAGAUAGCUUAAUAGAUUAAAGUCUAAUUCUGAUACAGUAUAUUACAACUUGGGUGGAAUCUUUGUAGUUUCGACCAUCUAUCCUAUCAGUAUAAAUAGCAUUUUACUCACCUACUGUAAGUAAUCGCUGUUAUACGGGAACACGAAAAAGAAGCUUAACCGGGAAAGAAACACAAUCUGUUUUGUCUCAACUGAAAGAAAUGAUGGCCAAAACUCCCAAAAUAAGACCCAAGUGGGAACCAGCUGGGAACUGGCUGGCAAUCAGCUGGCAGUCGGCUGGGAGGGGGGAUUCUAGGUGGCUGCAUCUGUAGUAAAUCUGAGUUAUCCUUUAAGUAGCCAUUAUCAAGUAAGACUUUCUGAAACAUUCUCAAACCUCCAUGAAAUAAUUCCACCUUUCCUCUCUGUUGCCCGAACCACAGCUGGAUUCUUAAGCUCAUACAAAAGUGUCACAAACAGCGUCGCAGUGAGUAUAAAGUGUGACACUAGCAACUGUAGAUUGAGAGGAAAUGUUCUCCAUAUAAGAUCUCUUUUUUUUUUUUUAUACAUCAACAUGUGUCUUACAAGCUGUAAGUUCAGCCAGGACAAAGUGAUUUUUUGCCUUGAUACUCGCCUUUAGUCCAUCAUGCUGUGUCUCCAUGUGUAAAUAACACACAUUCAAACAUGUAUUAGAGGGAAAAGGACGGACCUAGCUGUUGAUUCUGGUUGCUUUUUGGCCUCUACAGUACGAUGAACUACAGUAAACCACAAUAACAACACCAGCAAACACAGACUAACUUUAGCUUGCUGUCCCAGUGCUUUGUCUGUGUACAUACAGUAUAUGUUUGGAAGUCAUUUUCGAAUCUCUGAGCGAGCUGAGGGGCGCUUGAUUUACCGUUCCAGACACCUCAGGAGGGGAAACACCGAGAGGAAGUGAAAUCAAGCACCCCUGUGUGUUUUUAUUAUUCCAGUAUUUAUAAUGUAACAAGCUACUGUUUUUCUACGGUCUGUUUGUGAUGCCAGUGGACCAGAGACAUGCAGAGAGAGAGUUCUGUCAGCGAUUGACUUCUAGCAACCUUUUUAAUGCCAAGGAGUGUUUAAUCAAACGCUUUAUUUUCAUUACAAGCUAGGAGCUCACGUCGGUGGCUGAAGUCUUCAGCUUCAUGUCUCUGCCUGUGGGGCAGGCCAUAGAGCAUGUGAAAACAGAACCACUAUCAUAAUGCUGCUGUCACUCACUUGAAAUCCUCACAUCUCUGUUUCUUUUGGGUGUACUGUCUGUUUUUUAACUUGACUUGAGAAAAGUUUACAUAGUUCUUGUGCUGCGUAAUUUUCACGACCUUGAAGGUUCCAUGAAGUCCAUUCAGUAAGCUGUACAGUUUCCAAACUGCAUGGUCGUCAUCAGCCUGGAAGAGGCUGUGUUUCUUACUUCUUGAAUAGCAGGAUAGAGAGGUGUUACUUCCUCCCACGCUGACACCACCGGGGUCCAUUCAACGACAACACAAUUACAUUACAGCAUCGAUCGAUGUGCUCGUCUUCCAUAACAGAAUCAACUGAGGCCUCAAUGGUUCAGGAAGUGUUUGUGCUUUCAUUGUUUGCACGCAAUAUGUUAGACGCACCUUAAUAAUACAAUCCCACAACAAAGAAUUGAAUCUCUGAUAACCCUUUUGGAUCAGAUUAUUAUGUUUUCAUGUUUUUUCACUCAGCCCCUGUAGAUAUUUCACAAAAGCACCUUUUAAGUGGUACUUCAAAUACCUAUGAAAUACCAUAUACUGUAUAUUAGUAUUUUGUUCACAUAUAUAUAUAUAUAUAUACAUAUAUAAUUUAUUUA